AUGGACUUGAUUCAGCCAAAUGCCACAAGAUUCGCCACUGUCUAUUUGACUCUCACUUGUCUUCAUGAUGAUAAAGGACCAUUGAUGACUAUGUUUACUUCUAAUGCUUGGAAGACAACUAAGGUUGCAUCAACGCCUGAAGGAAUAAGAAUCCAAAACAUGGUUUUGGAUAGUAGGCUAUGGAAGAAUAUUGUCAUAUGCCUCAAGGCUGCUGCUGCUCUCAUUACAGUGCUUCGCUUGGUAGAUUCAAAUGAAAAACUAGCCAUGGGUUUCAUAUUUGAAAGCAUGAAAAAAGGUAAAAAGCCAAAGAAACAAUCAAGACUAAUUUCGGUUGUUUAUGAACCUAUAUGGGAAAUUAUUGAUGGGAGGUGGAAAAGCCAACUGCAUAGGCCAUUGUAUGCUGCUAUGUAUUAUCUUAAUCCUCGUUAUCACUAUGAACCAAAUUUCAUGGAUGAUGAUGUUGACAUUAAGAUUGGUUUAUAUAGUUGUUUGAAAAAAUUGGUUCCUAACCAGGAAGAAAGGGAAAAGGUUGGUCUACAACUUCCUGACUUUCAUUAUGCUAGAGGCCUCUUUGGCAAUGAAACUGUAAAGAGUAGUAGAAAGGCCAUGCUACCUACUGAGUGGUGGAACUUUUAUGGAGAUAGUUGUCCAGAACUAAGGAAGUUUGCUAUCCGAGUUCUAAGUUUAACUUGUAGUUCAUCUGGUUCAUACAAAGAGAAGAAAUCGGUUGCAUCAAAAGAAAAUGAAUGA